AUGGGAGACUGGGGAAAUUCUGGUGACAACUGGGGAUCAGCUGGAGGCAAUGAUUCAGGAUGGAAUCAGCCUCAAGUAAAAUGCGGUGCUUGUAGUCAGGAAGGCCACGAGGAGGCGAACUGCCCCAACCAACAUACGGAAGCUGGCAAUGAUGACGCCAACAACAAGUGUUUCAACUGCGGUGAAACUGGCCACCGAGCUGCCGAUUGCCCGACUCCUCGAGACACCGCUUGCCGUUAUUGCAAGAAGGAGGGGCAUAUGAUUCGGGACUGCCCAGACAAGCCGCCCAUGGUGUGUGACAACUGCGGCCAGGAAGGUCAUAUGCGGAAGAACUGUGAGAAUGCGCGGGUCAUCAACAGAGAUCAUGUUGCCGAUAUUUCUCCUGAGGAAGCUCUGUCCAAGCUCAAGACUGCUUGCUCUGAGCGAGAUGUCGACGACGCGAAAGAAGCGCUUCAGGAGUACGUCAAAGCCAUCGGAGGAGACACCACCUACCGCCAGCUGCAGUCUCUAUUUAUUGAUCAAGGCAUCAAUCUUUGGUUCAUUGCUACUGAGCGUCAACUCGUAAAUGUCUUCACCAAUAUGGACCUUCAAGGCCAUACUGGAAAGAAGUACACAAUCUCGUACAGGUUCUCAGAGAAACCCGAACGCCCUCGUGAGGCUGAAGCGUUUCCAAAGAGCCGCGAGGAACUCUUGGAGAGGCUUGAUGAUGCUGGUGAGGUAGUCGACACCGGUCUUCGGAAGUGCCACAACUGUGGUGAAUUAGGGCACUCCAGCAAGUUCUGCACUCAGGAGAAGGUCGAGAAGAAAGCCCAGCCUGCCAUUUCGUGCAGCAACUGCGGCGGCGAGGGCCAUCGUAUUCGGGACUGCCCCGAACCACGAGUAGACAAGUUUGCCUGCCGAAACUGCGGAAAAUCUGGCCACAAGGCUUCUGAUUGUGAAGAGCCUCCCAAUUUGGACAAUAUGGAGUGUCGGAAAUGCGGUGAAAAGGGCCACAUGGGUAAGGAUUGCCCACAGGGAGGUAGUCGAGCCUGUCGCAACUGUGGGCAGGAAGGUCACAUGGCCAAAGAGUGCGAUCAGCCGCGUAACAUGGAUAAUGUUACAUGCCGUAACUGCGAAAAGACUGGGCAUUUCAGCAGAGACUGCCCUGAGCCAAAAGAUUGGAGCAAGGUGCAGUGUUCAAACUGCCAGAAGUUCGGACAUACCAAAGUCCGCUGCAAGGAACCACUUGUUGCUGAUGAUGACGGCGGCUUCCCCGAUACAGCUGAAAAUUCCAAUGGCGUUACCACGGAUUCGGCUUGGCCAAGUGGCAAUGGAGGCGGCCAGUCCGGUGAGCUCACUGCCGAGAAUUGCGGAUGGUAA